UCAAUGAAGAUCAUAUGACUGAAAGAAAAGGGAAAAUGUAUUUCAUCCCUGCGGUAAGAGGAAGUUGGAUGUCACCAGAAAUUUUUGCAAGCUUUAAAGAGGAUAGUUUGGUUUAGGAAAAUAAUCAGCUUAGAUGCUCUUAAGAAGGAUAUUGGAUGGAACCUAGGGAGGACCUGAGAGAGGGAAUGAGUGGUUUCUGUCUGGUGGAGACAUUCAUUUGAGGAUAGUCCUUCUUGCCUGAAGAGCUGCGAUUAAAGUUGGCACUUACUUGGGAGUGAAAACCAGAUCUUGUUCUUCUUCCACCAUCUUCUUAAUUAUAAAUCAUGGAGAAUGAAAACAAAGCAAUUGAAUGUGACGAUUCAAAACCAUCCAUAGGGAUGAAUCACACAGCCUCGGUGCAUCAAGAAACACAGGCAGAGACAAUUAUGAACCUCAAAGGGAGAGAUGAAAAUGAACCAACGGAAGGAAGUAACCUAUUGAAUAGCAGUGAAAAAAAGCUACAAGGAACAUCAACUGAGUCAGAUUGUUCGCAAAGACUGAAACAAGCAUUGGCUUGCCCUCCGCAUGGUUUACUGGACAGAAUAAUAACAAAUGUUAUCAUCCUCAUUCUUCUGUGGGCUGUAGUUUGGUCAAUUACUGGCAGCGAAUGUCUUCCUGGGGGAAACCUGUUUGGAAUUAUAAUCCUUUUCUAUUGUGCCAUCACUGGAGGUAAACUUUUGGGGCUUAUCCAGUUACCCACACUGCCCCCACUACCACGCCUUCUUGGCAUGCUGCUUGCUGGGUUUCUCAUCAGAAAUAUCCCAAUCAUCAGUGAUAAUGUACAGAUCAAGCAUAAGUGGUCUUCCUCUUUGAGAAGCAUAGCCUUGUCUAUCAUACUGGUUCGCGCUGGCCUUGGUCUAGAUUCAAAGGCCCUGAAGAAAUUGAAAGGUGUGUGUGUCAGGCUGUCCAUGGGUCCCUGUGUCGUGGAGGCGUGUGUGGCUGCUCUUCUUGCCCAUUUCCUAAUGGGCUUACCGUGGCAGUGGGGGUUUAUACUAGGUUUUGUUUUAGGUGCCGUAUCUCCGGCUGUUGUGGUGCCUUCAAUGCUCCUUUUGCAGGGAGGAGGUUAUGGGGUUGAAAAGGGCAUCCCCACCUUACUUAUGGCUGCCGGCAGCUUUGAUGACAUUCUGGCCAUCACAGGCUUCAAUACCUGCUUGGGCAUGGCCUUUUCCACAGGCUCUACAGUUUUUAAUGUCCUUAGAGGAUUUUUGGAGGUGGUCAUUGGUGUGGCAGUUGGAUCUCUUCUUGGAUUUUUUAUUCAGUACUUUCCAAGCAGUGACCAGGACAAACUCGUGUAUAAGAGAGCAUUCCUUGUUUUGGGGUUCUCUGUGCUAGCUGUGUUCAGCAGUGUGGAUUUUGGUUUCCCUGGAUCAGGAGGACUGUGCACGCUGGUCAUGGCUUUCCUCGCAGGCAUGGGAUGGGCCAGCAAAAAGGCAGAGGUUGAAAAGAUAAUUGCCAUUGCCUGGGAUAUUUUUCAGCCCCUUCUUUUUGGACUGAUUGGAGCAGAGGUAUCCAUUGCAUCUCUCAGACCAGAAACCAUUGGCCUUUGUGUUGCCACCCUGGGCAUUGCAGUAUUGAUACGGAUUUUGACUACAUUUCUGAUGGUGUGUUUUGCUGGUUUUAACAUAAAGGAAAAGAUAUUUAUUUCUUUUGCAUGGCUUCCAAAGGCCACAGUUCAGGCAGCAAUAGGAUCUGUGGCUUUGGACACAGCAAGAUCACAUGGAGACAAACAGUUAGAAGCAUAUGGAAUGGAUGUGUUGACAGUGGCAUUUUUGGCCAUCCUCCUCACAGCCCCAGUUGGAAGUCUACUUAUUGGUUUGCUGGGCCCCAGGCUUCUCCAGAAAGUUGAACAUCAAAAUAAAGAUGAAGAAGUUCAAAGAGAGAUUUCUGUACAAGUUUAAUGGUGAAAAGAGAGAAUGCUGAACAUACUGGUUAGAAAGCUGCUGUUUUUAUCAAGAGGGAUAUUAAAAUAUCUGAUGUUUAAGCUUAAAAUGUGAUAGAACCAAAAGUCUGGCCGUUUCUUUAAAGUGCAUUUUUAGCCCUUGCUGUUUACAUGUGAAUAAUAAUGUUCAACAUCUCCAA